AUGGCGGCCUCCACCUCGGGCUCGGCCGCCGCCUCCCCGCCGCCCAAAGUCACCAAAGCGGCGGCGGCGCCGCGGCCCCGCGACCGCGACCGCGGCGGGGACGGCGACCCCGAGCCCCCGGCCGCGCCCGAGCCGGUCCUGGCUCCGGAGGAGGACGAGCUGGUGGCCAUGGAAGUGGCUUCCCCCCCUCCCAUCCCGAAGAAAAGCUCGGCUCAGCUGGAUCCGCCCCCGCCCCGGAUCGGGACCAAACUGUCCCCGGAGCCUCCCGGGAGCAAACCGGAGCCUCAGGACGCCAAAGCCCAGAGCCUGACCACGUGCGAGGUGUGCGGCGCCUGCUUCGAGACGCGCAAGGGGCUGUCGAGCCACGCGCGCUCCCACCUGCGCCAGCUGGGCGUGGCCGAGUCGGAGAGCAGCGGGGCCCCCAUCGACCUCCUCUACGAGCUCGUGCGCCACAAGGGCAAGGCCGACGGGGCCCCCUCCGCCCUCGUCCCGCCCCUGGCCAAGAAAUCCUCCGCCUCUCCCAAGGACCCCGGGGCCGCCCCCCGGCCGGCGCUGCUGGCGCUGGCCAAGGCCGAGCGCCCGCCCGAGGGGGCCGUCAACAAAGCCAUCAAAUCCCCGCCGGGCUUCGCCAAGGCCCUGGCCCAGCCCGGCUCCCCCGUGCUGAAGAAGGUGCCGCCGGUGCUGGGGGGGUCCCCGUCUCCCAAGAAUCCCGAGGAGAAGAGCUCCAAGCUGGCGCUGAGCCCGCUGCCGGGGUCGCCCACGGCCCAGUGGCCGCAGGACGAGGACGGGCCCCUCAACUUGACGUCGGGGUCGGAGCCGGCGCGCGACAUCCGCUGCGAGUUCUGCGGGGAGUUCUUCGAGAACCGGAAAGGUCUGUCGAGCCACGCGCGCUCCCACCUGCGCCAGAUGGGGGUCACCGAGUGGUACGUCAACGGCUCCCCCAUCGACACCCUCCGAGAGAUCCUCAAGCGCCGCCGCGGCGGGAAUCCCGCCGGGAAUCCCGCCGGGAACCCCGCCGGCCCCAAGGCCGUGGCCAAGAGCCUGCUGGGCACCCUGGGACCGCUGGAGCCGCGCGGGCCGGCAGAGCUGCACAUUCCCGCCCUGGGGAAGAAGGUCCCGCCACCCGGCAGCCCCCCGGGGCCGUCUCCCACCUCGUCCCCGCCUCCCACCGCCCGGAAGAUGUUUCCAGGCCUUUCUCCUCCCUCCUUGCAGAAGAAGCUCAAGCCAGAGCAGCUGAGGGUGGAGAUCAAGCGGGAGCUGAUGGCCGGAGGGAUCCACGGGGAGCCGCAUCCGUCGGAUCGCGCCUGGUCCCCCCGGGAGGAGAUGUCGCCCCUGAACCUCUCCUCCCGGGCCGACCCGGUGCGCGACAUCCGCUGCGAGUUCUGCGGGGAGUUCUUCGAGAACCGGAAAGGUCUGUCGAGCCACGCGCGCUCCCACCUGCGCCAGAUGGGGGUCACCGAGUGGUCCGUCAACGGCUCCCCCAUCGACACCCUCCGGGAGAUCCUCAGGAAGAAAUCCAAGCCCUGCCUCAUCAAGAAGGAGCCGCUGGCGCCCGGCCUGGAGCCCCCCAAGGGGCUGGGGGAGGACGGGAUGGAUCCCAAGCCCCCGGCGCCGGCCGGGAAGGUGCUGCCGGGGCUGUCCCUGUCCCCGCUGGGCGGGAGGCCGGGCAAGCCGGGGGGGGCCCUGGCGCUGACCCCCCUGGGAUCCAAAGCUCCCGGGGCCUUCCUGGCUCCCAAGCGGCCGCUUCCCGACGACCGGCUGGGCCCCCACGGGGAAUCCAAGCACAAGGCCUUCGGCCCCCCCGAUCUGCCCUUCAAGGCCAAGGCUCUGCACGACAAGGCCUCCUCGGAGGCGUGCUGCGAGCUGUGCGGGCUGUACUUCGAGAACCGCAAGGCCCUGGCCAGCCACGCCCGCGCCCACCUGCGCCAGUUCGGGGUCACCGAGUGGUGCGUGAACGGCUCCCCCAUCGAGACCCUGCGCGAGUGGAUCCGGCACCGCCCGCACAAGGCUGGCGCCUACCGCAGCUACAUCCAGGGGGGGAGGCCCUUCUCCAAGAAAUUCCGCAACUCCGGCCACGCCCGGGAGCACCGGGGCGGCCCCCUGGCCCUGCAGCCCCCCGGGGUGGCCUUCCUGGGCAAGGGGCUCCCCGGGGAGCUGCCCCACGGCGACCCCGGGAAGGUGCUGGACGGGCCGGGGGAGAGGCCCCUGGUGACGUCCCCGCUGUCCCUGGUCAAGCUGGAGGAGCACCAGCGCUCCAACAUCAGCAGUGA